AUGGCGUUCCAUUCCCGUCCCGCGCCUGAGUUCUUCUUGCUUUCCGCCCGCGCAUCUACUCAUUCCUCCCUGCGCUACUUGCCUCCCCGCCUUCUUCCCCUUUCCCUUUUUCUCCCCACCCCCCCUCUUCCCCCCCCUCCCUCUUGUUCCGCCAUCAGCCACCCCCGCGGCGACCAGGCGGAACGUGCUGCUCGGUGCGGCGUCCUCCCGGCACCCAAGGGCUUCGCGGCGCAUCAGGACGCCAUUGACCGCUACCAGUUCUACUACCCCUUCGGCUGGCAGGAGGUGAGUGUGCGCGGGCAGGACGUGGUGUUCAAGGACGUCAUCGAGCCGCUGGAGAGCGUGGCAGUCAACAUCUUCCCCACGGAGCGCGCCUCGCUCGCCGAGAUUGGUCCCAUUGAACAGGUGGCACAGACGCUGGUGGAGAAGGUGCUCACAGCGCCCUCACAGAAGACCAAGCUCCUUGACACACGCGUGAGGGAGCUGGACGGGCGCACGUACUAUGACUUUGAGUUUGUGGCGCAGGCAUCCAGCUACACUCGCCACGCUCUCGGUACAAUCGCCAUUGCCAACGGCAAGUUCUACACGCUGACAACUGGGGCGAAUGAGCGCCGCUGGAGCAGGGUGGAUGAGAAGCUGCGCACAGUGGUGGCAUCUUUUGUCACUCUAUAG